AUGGGCUAUACCACACUAUGGAAGCGACUCUCACCGCGGCAACUGAAUGCUGCUAUCCACAUAUUUUCGCUUAUCUCAAUCUUCUUCGAGGGAUAUGACCAAGGUGUGAUGGGUGGUGUAAACAGCUCACCGAGAUAUGUCACUGAGGUUGGCAUCGGUAAACCUGACGGGACAGUGACCGACACUACACACCAGGGUGGCAUCGUCAGUAUCUAUUACCUGGGUGCGAUAUUCGGUUGUUUUGCCGGCGGGUGGCUUGCAGAUCGAGUUGGUCGGAUCAACGGGCUACUCGCUGGAUCAUUAUUUGCAUUGGUCGGGGGAGCCCUGCAAGCGGCCGCGCAGAGUUCGAAUUUCAUGCUAUGUGCCAGGGUGCUUACAGGGGUUGGAACCGGAGCCCUGACAGGCAUUACCCCGGUGUUAGUGUCGGAAACUUCUUCUGCGACCCGUCGAGGUGGCUUCUUGGGAUAUGUUUUCAUUGCCAAUUACCUAGGAAUCUCCGUCGCAUAUUGGAUCUCCUUCGGUCUCGCUUUCGUCGAUAACGGUUACUCGGACGUACGAUGGCGUUUCCUUCUCGCUUUCCAGUGUUUCCCAGCACUUCUUCUAGCUGUCUUCAUCAAACUGUUGCCAGAUAGCCCCCGCUAUCUGGCCUCUGUGGGACGGAAUGAUGAGGCGCGAGAUCUUUUGAACCGCAUUCGCAAAGAUCGGGCCUCCCAGGAUGAGAUUGACCAAGAAUAUCUUGAAAUCAUAACCAUUGCUCGGGGAAGCAAGCGCAGCUCCCCCAUUGAGUUUGUCAAGAUAUUAUUUGGAAAAGGCGGAAAGCCGGGGCUGAACCUCGGCCGACGAGCUUGGUUGUGUGUUUGGCUUCAAAUUAUGGCAUCUUGGACGGGUAUCACGGCUGUUACUGCCUAUUCCCCGACACUGCUUGCUCAGGCAGGUUAUGGUGAUAUAAAGCAAAAUGGCCUUGCUGGGGGAAUUAACACAAUUGGAAUUAUAGGUACUAUUAUCAGUGCACAUAUUAUUGACCGCUUGGGCCGACGGGUUUGUUUGAUGGCCGGGGCUGCUGUUUUAUUUGCAGUCAACCUUAUUGCUGGAGCUGUAUAUGAAGGCUCGCUGCAUCAUCCUGAAAAGGCGUCUCAAUAUGCGCCUGGUGCCGUGACCAUGCUCUUUUUGUUUAACCUGGGUUAUGCCGCCACGUGGGGCACGGUUGCUUUCUUGGUCCCCACUGAGAUUUUCCCCAGUGAUCUGCGAGCUCAAGGAAAUGGAUUCGGGAUCACAGGGUGGGCCAUUGGAGUGGGUAUGACCACUCUAGUCAACCCUAUCAUGUUUGAUGUCAUGACCAGCCGUACAUACUUUUUGUUCGCUGGCCUUAACCUCAUUUGGAUCCCGAUCGUCUACCUGUUCUAUCCCGAAACUCGCAACCGGUCUCUGGAAUCGAUUGACGCUCUUUUCUCGACCUCCAGUCCAUUCUAUUGGAAGAUGGAACAGGCUUAUAAGCUCCACGGAGAUGUCCUCGCCGAACACGGAGUCAAUAGGACCGAAGCUCUCAACAGCGGCAAGACCGAACUGAGAACUGAGGUGACAAUAUCCCCAGCUUAA